CCACCAAAUACACCAUCUCAGCUCCCAACUAGCUGAUCAUCAAUUCAUCACCAUUAUCUCAUCAUUGAGCAUUGAUUCCAAGAUCCGUUAGCAGAGCCUAGAAAAUGGUGGCGAUCCUACAAGCAUCUCUGCUCGCCGUGGCGGUGGCGGUGGCGGUGUUGGCGACGGCGGCGUCCGGCGCCACCUACACCGUCGGCGGGCCCGGGGGCUCCUGGGACCUCCAGACCAACCUCACCGCCUGGGCGUCCUCCAUCGACUUCCGCUCCGGUGACGAGCUCGUGUUCAAGUACGACGCGUCGGCGCACAACGUCGUGGAGGUGAGCAGCGACGACUACCGCUCCUGCUCGGCGGCGAGCCCGCGGUCGGACGUCCUACGGACCGGCAGCGACGUCGUCCAGCUCGGCGGCGUCAGCCGCUACUUCAUCUGCGGCGUGCCGGGGCACUGCGCCGCCGGGAUGAAGCUGGAGGUCGACCCCGGGUGCACCACGACGCUGCCGCCGCCGGCCCCGCCAGGCGCGCCGGGCGGCAUCACGAUCUGCUCAGGCGGCUCGGGCUCGCCGACGGUCAUCAUGACACCUGGUGUUGUCUCCUACGGCUCCGGCGCGGCGCCGGUGUCUUCAGCCAGCCUCAGCUCUAUGCUUACCACCAUGGCGUCGCUGCUGCUUGCUGGCCUCACCAUUGCCUAGCAGACUAGCAGGGGUGAAAACAGAGACUAAGGGUAUAUUUUGGUUGCAUGAAUCACUUGAUGCAUGUA